AUGGUCAGAAAACACAAAGGCACUUUGGCUGUCAUCGAACAGAUCUAUCAGGAUAUACCGGCAUUUAGCGAUAUCUUCACCGAGGAGAGUUUCUAUGUCUUUGCCUUUUGUUUCGUUAUUGCCACAAUAUUUGUGGCAUUUAUACUCUCUCGAUUUAUCACCAUCAAGCCGGUUGACUUUUGAAUUAAGCAAAAAAAAAAAACAAAAAAUGUCCACAAUAUAAGCUUUAAAAUGUAAAACCAAACAAACAAAAAAAA